GGCGGAGGACACGUGCACGUAUCUCUGCGCGUUCGCGAGCGCUGUCCUGACCAACUUCCAGAGCAGCGGCGCAAAAGUUCCGCGAGGAGAAUCCAGACUUCUUCAAAGUCAGCAAGCUCGGCGAAACUCGCGGCUGCCGCGCGCUGAAGCCAGACCAUCAGCAUGGACGACCUGGACGCAUUGCUGGCCGACCUGGAAUCCACCACGUCCCACAUCUCAAAGCGCCCCGUGUUCCUGCCCGAUGAGACGCCGUACUCCAUUCCUACCGGGGGGCACUCGUACCAGGACGGGUCGGUUCCGCCCCCCGUCCCUCCCCCGCCGUCAGCCGAGGCUCUGAACGGGUCCCUGACGGAGAAGUCCGACUCCCACCACUCCUCUCAGCAGUCGUUAGGGUCGGCCCAGAAGAGUUCGUGGUCGAGGGACAGUAGCAGUUCUCCAUUGUCCCACGUUGAAGAGGACCACGUCUAUAGCUUUCCAAACAAACAGAAGUCGUCAGACUCGUCAACGGCAGCCAUGACCUCCGCCCUCGGCAGCAACCUCUCGGAGCUCGACAGGCUUCUCCUGGAGCUGAAUGCCGUGCAGCAGAGCUCCCCUUCGUUUGCCACCACAGAGGAGGCCGCGCCCCCUUUACCGUCGUGCAGCAUCACCCACUACGAGGACGGCGGCGCCGCCGACGCCUCGGCGAGUCCUCCCGCUCAGGAGAAGCCCAAGAGGAACGGAACGAGGCCGGACGACUCCCGGCCCACUGUGGAGAGCCUCCUGGAUGAGCUGGAGGGCUCGGUGCCGUCGCCAAGCCCUUCUGCUCGCCACAGUGAUUUGGACACGCCUACUCAGCAGCAAGCCAGGAUUUCAGCGUCCUGUGCCACGAGGGAGCUGGAUGAGCUGAUGGCCUCUUUGUCUGACUUCAAGAUUAUGGCCCAGGGGAAGGGCGCCCCCCCCACGCAGGUUAACAAGCUGGACAACAUGCUGGGCAGCCUGCAGUCGGACCUCAACAAGCUGGGCGUGCAGACGGUCGCUAAGGGGGUCUGUGGCGCCUGCUGCAAGCCCAUAGUGGGACAGGUGGUGACCGCCAUGGGCCGCACGUGGCACCCGGAGCACUUUGUGUGCACGCACUGUCAGGAGGAAAUCGGCUCCAGGAACUUCUUUGAGCGUGAGGGGCAGCCGUACUGUGAAAAGGACUACCACAACCUGUUCUCCCCGCGCUGCUACUACUGCAACGGACCCAUUCUGGAUAAAGUUGUGACGGCUCUGGACCGGACGUGGCAUCCUGAACACUUCUUCUGCGCCCAGUGUGGCUCCUUCUUUGGCCCAGAGGGUUUUCAUGAAAAGGACGGAAAAGCAUACUGCAGGAAAGAUUACUUUGACAUGUUUGCGCCCAAGUGUGGCGGCUGCGCCAGAGCCAUUUUGGAAAAUUACAUCUCGGCACUAAACUCCCUUUGGCAUCCUGAGUGCUUCGUUUGCAGGGAGUGCUUCACGCCGUUCGUCAACGGCAGCUUCUUUGAGCACGAAGGCCAGCCCUACUGUGAAGUGCACUACCACGAGCGCCGCGGCUCCCUCUGCUCCGGCUGUCAGAAGCCCAUCACGGGCCGCUGCAUCACGGCCAUGUCCAGGAAAUUCCACCCGGAGCACUUCGUCUGCGCUUUCUGCCUAAAACAACUCAACAAGGGCACCUUCAAAGAGCAAAACGACAAACCCUACUGCCAUAGCUGCUUCAUCAAGCUGUUCAGUUAGGGAGGUCUAGAGCCUGACAGUAACGGACAUGGGUCUGAGCUUAGAGAGGCGUUUAAAGCAUCUUUAGCACUGGGAAGGUGAGAAUGGAUGAUGACUGUAUCUAAGAAAGUUGUGUUUUCUGGUGAUGUUGGACGUGUUUGUGAGUUAUGUGCAUAUUGUUGAGGCAGCAACUCCGACUGACUAAAAUACUUUUAAUGUGUCGUUUAGAGUUCGAUUUAUGACCGAGAACAAUUUACUUUGGAAGCUUCUUUGGGUUUUGAGUUGGUGUGUAGACCUCAGUGUAAUGGAGACUUGCUCGGCAUUGAUUUUCACCAGAACAUGACAACACGUGCUACGUUUCUUUCUCCAAACUCAACACAGCCAUUCUGUUUGGACGUGUUUUACACUUUCUACAGGCAAAAGCUGUUCAUUUUUUUCUAAUUCGUACAUUUAAUAGAAAGUGGUGAAACCUCAAACGUUGUAGAAGUGUGACCUUGCUCACUGGUUGAGUGUGUCUGACCUGUUGAUUUUAGCGUUACAACGAUAAAGGUAUGACGUUUUAGGUAUUUUAUUUUGGGAUAAAGCUGAACUCAGCAGCAAUAACCUCAGUUGAUGGGAAAACAUGCCGAGUUGGCGUUCAGUGUAGUUUUGUAUGCGUGAAACUGUUUGUAGUGUCAUUAGCGUCACUCCAGAACGCUACACAGCUGUUUUACAUUUUGAAUUCAUCAACAUUUACAAAUCAGACGUAUGUGUGUUUUUAGCCAAAGUUAAACUGUGCAUGGUGAGUAUUUUACAGUUAUUGUCAGCAAAAGGUUACGGUGUAUCUAGCCGUCCACCAGCGGCUGCAGUCUUCCCACUGUCCAAUCAUUCCUUGUUUUAGAGAAAAAACAAAACGAUGUGAAAACGAUUUCUUUAUCUUCGGUCCCACAGUAAAGUAGAACCUCACGGGGAAAAUGAGAGAUCUCUGACAGUACAUCCUGAAAAACGCCUUUGUAAAUAUCCAGUGCAGCUACAUUGCAGUCAAAGUGCUUUCUUAGCAUGUACUUGUGUUAAAUAACCACUCAUUCUAAUAGGGAGAGCGCUGGUGGGAAGACACAGUUUUUUUUGCUGACAUUACUGUGUCCAUAAGCUGAUGAACAAGUCAUUUUCUGUGAUAUUCCAAUAACUAUGCAACUGGGAUUAACGACUUUGUAUUCCUGCAUCAGUGCGUCUUAUUUUUAAUUAACCGCUUGUUUGUGCCACUCUAUCAGUACCGUGUCUGUUAACACUGGCAAAGGCAGCAGAAUACUGGUAACAAUAGUCCACACUUAGGUUUUUCUUUAGUGAACGUUGAGACUGUUGAAUGGAAGCCUGGUGGGCCGCUAGUCCUGCAAUGGCAGUUCUGAGGUCACUCGCGUCCCCUCAGCAUCUUGAGUCUACUGUAUGACCACCAGGCUGGGUCUGCACAAGGUUGCAGAUGCAGGAGAUACGGUUGCAUCUAUCUUUUGGUGUUGUUCAGGGAAGUGUAGAGCCUGAAGUUUGUUUUGACUCUAUUUAAGAGAUCAUGUAACAGGGGUAUUUUCCAGUCAAAUCAGUAGAGUGUUAUUUAACCAAAGCCAUACCUUCUUUGAGUUGUUUUAGUUUCUGUUCGCUCUUUUUUUCUCUUACUUCAAAUGUCAGUUGUUCUGAAUAGGGAGAUCCGUCAUCUCCGAUCUGAUUAUGCAAAUAAAUUCAGUUUUCACAGUA